AAGUUCUGUUUGUCCAUGCUUGCAAUGAUUUUCCUUCACUACUUUCACUAACCACAAACACAAGGCACUUUUUUUUUUUGUCAUCUUUUGUUUUAUUAUUUUUGUAUGAUUUAUGUCACAUUUAAUGCUGCUGCUAUGGUCUUCUAAUGCUUUUAUGGCUCACCUUCGUAUUUUGUUUGUUUUUAUUAACAUUUUUUGACAGGAUCUGAGGGUUGCUUUCAAGCUAUUUAAUUCUUUUCUAUACCCUUCCAUGCUUGAUUUAUUAUUUUUUUUGCAUAUAAAGUUCCUUGAUACUCACCCUCAUUCUACAAUUUAUUGUCUAUAACGACCUCAUUCAAUGUUUUUGGUUUCUGUGCUUUAAUUAUUUUGGAACUUUUCUUUCAUUCUUUCCAUAUAUUUUCCUAUUUUUGUACCUGCUUACUUUUCUUGUGUAUGAGCUCUAGUUAUUUCAUGUUUUUGACGAUUAUUACUCAGUACUCAAGCAAAUUGGCUAAAGUAUUUGGAAAAUCAAGUGGUGGAAGUGGAAAGCUUAAAGUAAUAUUUCAUGAUUUUCCAGGAGGUGCAGAAGGUUUUGAGCUUAUGUUAAGAUUCUGUUAUAACAAUGGAAAAGGUAAUUUAAGUCCUUCGAAUCUGUUACUCGCGCGUUAUGCUGCUGAAUACAUGGAAAUGAAUGAAUCUGUCAAAAAUGUUUCUAACUUAUUGGAUCAAACUGAGAAAUCUGUUCAAGGGAUUAGUUAUUGGUCAUGGUCAGAAAUUUUGAUUACUUUGAAGCAAUGCCAGAAUUUGUUAGUUGAUGAUUCUUCUGUGAUGCUAGAGAAGUGUUUGGAUGCUGUAGUUGGGAGGCUGGUUUCGGCGAGUGAAGCAAGUCCGUGUCCAUCAAGUUGUUCGAACGACAGUUCAGGGAUUAGGUUUUCGUGUGACUCGAAAAGUACUGAGAGUAUUAAGACGAAUUUCACUCGUUCGACAUGGUGGUUUGAAGAUCUCUUGUUUUUGACUCCCCAGAUGGUUAUCAUGUUGGUAAAGUCAAUGCUUUCGAGUAAAUUGGAUCAUUAUGUUAUAAGUAGGUUUCUUCUGUAUUAUCAGAAGGCGAAAUUCGCCACUGCUACUACAGAUGAGAAGUGCAAAAUCAUUGAAAUGGUCAUAGAUAUGCAUUACGAAAUAGACCGGAAUUCUGUUUCUUUCAAAACAUUAUUUGGGAUUCUUCGGGUGACUUUGUGCUUGAACAUAAGUAAAUGUAGUAGGAAUAAGUUGGAGAUUAUGAUUGGUUCACAAUUGGAUCAAGUAACAUUGGACAAUUUGCUUGUUCCAUCUCCCUAUGGAAUAAACUACUUAUAUGAUGUGAACCUUGUUCUGAGAUUUUUGAAAGCGUUCCUGCGGCAAGGAACUGGUGCCGUUGCUCCCGUUCGGAUGAGGAAAGUUGCUAGCUUAAUAGAUUUGUAUAUAGCUGAAAUUGCACCUGAUCCUUGUUUAAAAACUUCAAAGUUUUUGGCUCUUGCAACAGCUCUUCCAGAUUCUGCUAGGGAUUCUUGUGAUGAGCUUUACCAUGCAAUGGACAUGUAUCUUGAGGUACAUCCUCAACUGUCACAAGAUGAAAGGAUAAAGAUAUGCUGUGGUUUAAAUUACGAGAAGCUUUCACCGCAAGCAUGUCUACACCUUUCAAAGAACACGAAAUUUCCAUCGAAAUCAGCAGUUCAAGCUCUCAUAUCUCAACAAUCUAAGCUAAAAAAUUUACUCCUUACUACUACUACUACUCCCAUUUCAACUCCAUACAAUGAUUCUUUGUGUGGUUCAAGUGGUUCAUCUCAAAAGGGAAAGAAAGAAAAAAGCAAUGAACAAGUUGUGUUGUAUGCUGGAAAUUUUGAUAUUCAACCUGAUAAUGAGAAAAUGAAAGAACAUUUGCAAGGAAUGCAGUGGAGAGUUAUGGAAUUAGAGAAAGUAUGUAAGAAAAUGCAAACUCAGAUGGCUAAGAUGACAAAAUCAAAAGCAUCUGGUCAUAGUUAUGGUAAAUCUUUGCCAAAGCUAUGUUCAUGACUCUGAGUUUUCUUUUUCUUUUAUAUUCUCUUUUGUAAUUCACAUCUGUAUAGUAAAGGUAUCAGUUUUGUGUGUGUUGUACUGCUUAAUUGAUGUUGGUUGGGUAAGAACACUGCUAUUUGAUUGUACAGUCACUAAAUAAUGGAAAAGUUUUCGAAUUUGUGAGCCUGUUA